AUGGAAGAGCAAGUAAGAAAUAACGUAACUUCAUCUGAUCACGAGGCUAGAGUUCGAGAGCUAGAAGCACAACUAGCUCGAAUGGAAAGGACGAAUGAGCGACUGCUCACCCUCAUGGAGAAUCAGGCUCAAGAGGCCAAAGACGACGGGAAAUACUUUAAGAAUAUGACAUUUCAUCUUCCGCCGCAAUACGACGGAGAAGCUGAUCCGGUUCGCUUCGAGAAUUGGCUCGCAGAGAUGGAGAAACUUUUAGAAGUCAUUAACUGUCCAGCGCACUUAAAAUUAAAGCUAGCUUUUUUUUACCUAUCUGGUCCAGGAGAGUUAUGGUGGCAUUCUGUCAAGGCCAUGAUGACUGAUACCUUUUGGGAUGAUUUCCUUAUAACUCUUCGUCAGCAAUUUUAUCCGUCAUCACUCCAACGGAAAAAGGAGAAUGAGUUCUUACUUCUUCGCCAGGGUCUUAUGACCGUGAUUGAGUACAGUUGUAAGUUCAAUGAGCUGUCUCGAUUUGCUUCUGACAUCGUAAGUAAGGAAAGUGUUUGUGCAUCCCGCUUCUUCGAGGCUCUUAAUCUUAAGAUCCAAAAGGGGAUCAGGAAGUAUUCUAACUUCCGAGAUCUCUACGAUCGAGCGCUUGAGUAUGAGAGGAUCCUUGACAAGGAGGAUAACACCAACAAAACAAAAUAUGGUGGAGGCAACAACAAUAGGAACAAGUGGCCGACCAAUUGGGAUCGCAAGCCGUUCUACCCAACAACUUUAACAAAAACCACAAUUCGGAAGUGUCGCUUAUGUGGUAAGGAUCACCAAGGUCGUUUAUGCAUUGGGAAGAUCAUCUGCUUCAAAUGCAAAAAGGAGGGUCAUGUUUCCACUAAUUGCCGAGAAGGGAUCCAUUUGGGAGCUAGAAGUACUGGUAUUUAUGGAGCUCCUGGUUCUUCAGGAAUUCAGAGUAUUGCAACUAGGAGGAUUGCGGGUUUGCACGCUAUUAGCAAGCAUGUAGACGAUCUUCAUCAGGCGUUUGAGGGUAAGGUCAUUUCUGGUCACUUUGCCGUAGGAGACUCUUUAGCGCAUAUUCUUUUUGAUUCAGGAGUCGACUGA